AUGGAAACGAGUUACAAACCUCAUUCGUAUAGUCGCGCAAUCGCGUUACCGAGCUUACCUCCAGGGGUCUCUUUGGCGCCUAUUGGUGGACAAGCAGGUCUAAAGCAGUGGGUUUGGGGAUUAUCAUCCACUCCGGUCCCGCACUAUUCCCAGGAAGCUAUUGAACUUUGUCAAAAGCGAUGGGAAACAAAGUGGGGUUAUUACAAGGAGACACAGCAGGAGGAGCACUCGCUUUCAACGUUGGGGAAACAGGCGUUGUUCGCACAUGUCCAACAUCUGGAAGAAGAGUUAUCUAGGUUACAGUCUAGGUUCACUGAGAUGGACACUUCCGAGGCGUCGGCAGAAAUGGCGUGUGGAGUACAAUUUUUGCUUUCGUUGAUUGAAAGUCAAACACCUGCGCUUUUUAGACUUAAAGCGGCCGAGAUGGAUAGUGUGGCUGAACCUCUGGAAGUAUUAAAGAAUGAAGUCAAAUUAAUCGAUCAAGUGUACCAGUUUGCUAUCCAAUCCCUAGAUACCAUCACAAGACUUCGUAUGCAGCAAGUUCUCGAAAUGCGUGCGACGAUGGAUCCAGACCUAGAGUCGGCUCGUUCCAUCUUAGUUCGCUCGGAGCUCGAAGACCAGAAAGGCGAUUCGGCCUCGGAUAGACGAGAGGCCUAUAUGCCGAGUGCAUCAAUUAGAGAGUCCCCAGGUCAGGAUAUGUCAGAUCCCGCUCCAGGUCCUUCUCGAAUCGCGGCCAACGAGCGAACAAUACCCCCAAAUGGUGUGGUGAUGGACGAAAAAGGGAUAAUACAAAGAGGGCCGAAUUGUUUCAGCUAUCCACCGAAUACUAAUGGCGCAACCACUGUCACUCGUGGGUCAGACCGUCCACCGGUCCCAGCUCCACCUGUCACACAGGCUCUAAGUACUGCAGCGUCUCAUCGUGCCACUCUCCUCUCGCUCAGUGCCAUCUCCUUUUUUGGCGCUGGCAUGGCCUGGGCAACGGUAUUCUCGGGUACUCGUGGAGAUUUAGUCCUCAUCUCAUGGGCAGCCAGUUGCUUUAUUGUCGCCACCGCAACUGCCGCAUGCGGAACAUCGCUGUUGGAUGCGGAUGGAACACUUGUCGAAAGGUUUAUGGCCGUUCGCUGGACUGUUCGUGUCCUUUCUUUGUGUGCUACCAUCCAUGUGUUUGUGGGAAUUAUGUUGGUUAGCGCUGCUAUACUUAUUUUAGAUCCGAACAUGGAUUCACCAGCAGGGGGAACAAAUGGCCACCGGUUUAAUGUUGUCGCCGAACGGGUGGCUGGAGGCGGAGAUAUAGGCGUAGGACUUGGUUUUCGAUAUGAUCUACCGUAG